UUUACCUUUUCUUAUUUAUUUUUCUUUUUGGAAUUUUUUUGAGCAAUAUUUUUUAUUUUUAUUAUUAUUUUCUGUAUCAAAGUAUCAAAAUCAGUAAUGAUUCUGAGUGUGUGUCAAAGUGCCACCCAUUUGCCAACCCACAAAUCGCAAUUACUCUUUCUUCUCUCUUUCUCUGACUCUCUCAACCACUUUCUUUUUCUAAUUUUUUUAUUUAUAUAAAAGAAAAUUCUCUUUCUCUUAAAAUUCUUUCUUUUCUUUGUUUUAUUUUAUUUUAUUUUUGUUUUUGUGUGUUAAUUUAAGUACCCAUAAGAGAGUGAUGCAAAUGAUCUCAAAAGCUUCUUGUGCUAUGGCCUCCAUCCCUUGCUCAAGGGUGAGGAGUGGGCUUUGCGUACGGCCAGGUGCAAGACAGCUUUGCUUUAGAAAAGGUCUCCUGUAUGGAUUCAUGCACUUAUUGUCUAUGCCAUUUAAGACAUUGCGUGGAGCUAGUCGAACACUUAAAGUUGCUCAGUUCUGCAGUGUUUCCAAUAUGUCUUCCUCAUUACAAAUUGAAUUGGUGCCAUGUCUUAGGGACAACUAUGCGUAUCUUCUACAUGAUAUGGAUACAGGAACAGUUGGAGUUGUUGAUCCUUCUGAAGCUGUACCUAUUAUAGAUGCUCUUACUAAGAAAAACAGAAAUUUGACCUAUAUAUUAAAUACUCAUCAUCAUCAUGAUCACACUGGUGGGAAUGAAGAGUUGAAAGCAAGGUAUGGUGCAAAGGUAAUUGGUCCAGGAACUGACAGAGAUAGAAUUCCUGGCAUUGAUAUAGUUCUGAAUGAUGGGGAUAAAUGGAUGUUUGCAGGACAUGAGGUGCUUGUAAUGGAAACUCCUGGUCAUACCCGAGGCCACAUUAGUUUCUACUUUCCUGGAUCAGGGUCAAUUUUUACAGGAGACACUUUGUUUAGCUUAUCAUGUGGCAAACUUUUCGAAGGGACACCUGAGCAGAUGCAUUCUUCUCUUGGAAAAAUUAUGUCUUUGCCAGAUGAUACGAAUAUAUAUUGCGGCCAUGAAUAUACAUUGAGUAAUUCAAAGUUCGCGCUGUCUAUAGAACCCAAUAAUGAGGCACUCCGAUCCUAUGUGGCCCAUGUCACCCAUCUUCGCAGCAAAAGUUUGCCAACGAUUCCGACGACUUUGAAGGUCGAGAAGGCUUGUAAUCCUUUUCUUCGGACUUCAAGUGCAGAAAUACGGCAGUCGUUAAAAAUCUCAGCGACAGCAAAUGAUGCAGAAGUCUUGGGUGUUAUUCGCCGAGCAAAGGAUAAUUUUUGAUAUUGAAGUACAGUGUAUGUGUUUGUUUAUAGGAUAGGUACUCCUUGCUUGUUCUGUCCAUAUAUUUUUUUUGUUUUUUCUUUUUGGAUAUGAAGUCCUUUUUGAUCCUACUCGAAAUCCAUUCGAUGAUGACGAAAAUUUUCUAUCCUGUGGAAAAUGGUUCAAGUGUAUGAUUGUUGUAGACCUCUGGAAUCAGAAUUCAUAUCGAACUAUUUGCAUCCAAAAUAAUUGACCAUUUUGUA